GGCGGGGCGGGAGGCGGCGGGCAGCGCGGAGCCGGGAGCGGCCAUGGGGAAGGUGCUGGCGGCGGCUCUGGUCGGGAUAGCGGCGGCGCUGGCGGCGGAGCGGCUGCUGGCGUUCCGGAACAGACUCAAUGCUACACGAGAAGUUGACCCUGUAGCCCUCCCAAAUUGCCGGCUCAUCAAAGGGAUCGAAGCUGGUUCAGAAGACAUUGACAUCCUUCCUAAUGGACUGGCUUUCAUCAGCUCCGGUUUGAAAUACCCAGGAUUGAAGAGCUUUGCACCAGACAAGCCAGGUGAAAUUUUUUUGAUGGAUUUGAAUGAAAAAAAGCCAAAAGCAUCUGAACUGAGAAUCAGCCGUGGAUUUGAUUUCGGAUCGUUUAAUCCUCAUGGGAUCAGCACUUACAUAGACAAAGAUGACACCGUGUACCUCUUUGUUGUGAAUCAUCCACACCAGAAGAGCACAGUAGAAUUGUUUAAAUUUAUGGAAGAGGACAAUGCUCUUGUACAUCUGAAAACCAUUCGACACGACCUUCUGACAAGUGUGAAUGAUGUAGUAGCUGUGGGGCCUGACAGCUUCUAUGCUACCAAUGACCACUACUUCUCUGACUUCAUCUUGAUGUUCUUGGAAAUGUACUUGGGUUUAACUUGGUCAAAUGUGGUUUACUACAGUCCAAAAGAAGUUAAAGAAGUAGCAGCUGGGUUUUAUUCAGCCAAUGGAAUUAACAUUUCACCCGACAAAAAGUACAUCUAUAUUGCAGAUAUAUUUGAUCAUAAUGUCCAUGUUAUGGAAAAGCAUGCUGAUUGGAAUUUAACCCAUGUGAAGACGCUGCAGCUGGACACUCUUGCUGAUAACUUGUCUGUCGAUCCUGACACUGGGGAUAUCUGGACAGGAUGUCAUCCCAAUGGGAUGAAGCUAUUCUACAAUGACCCAGAUAACCCUCCUGCCUCUGAGGUCCUGCGCAUCCAGAACAUCCUGGCAGAGCAGCCCACGGUGACGCGCGUCUAUGCCGAGAAUGGCUCCGUGCUGCAGGGGACCUCGGUGGCAACAGUCUACAACAGGAAGCUGCUCAUUGGCACUGUCUUCCACAGAGCCCUGUACUGCGAGCUAUAGCUGUCCUGACUGUAAAUGAGAUCCAGUCUGAGGCCCGGGAGCCACACUUCGGCCAACAACUGGGAUCAGAACAACACAGAAGGAAGGAGAGGACA